UAUAAAACUGCUUGCUAGAGGGGAAUUCAUCAACAGUUUCUUCUACGAGCGAAGAAGAAAGAUGAAGUGCUUUUUGGUCCUCCUCAGCCUCUGCGCCCUGGCCUGGGGUCAAGAAGAGCAUCUAUGUGGGUGCGGCGCCUUCGCCAACACACCGGAGGGAGAGAUCAUGAUCGACGAGCUCCCGCCUAUUGAAAUCGCGAACUGUGAGGAGGGAAACAGAUGCCAACUCGUGUGUUCAGAGGAGUGGCUGAAAUAUACGAACGACGGGGACCUGAACCUCCUAGUGGGCAACAUUACCCUGGGCCAGGAGAUGUGUGAUGGUCUCGAAAGACUGGGCUUUAAUGACUUCGCACCUCAGGAGAUUACUCUGUACUACAACGUGUGUGAAGGACCGUGGGAGACGAAUGGUCUGGCCACUGACGACGAUCUCUGUUGCGUGAAUGGUGUGUUCCCUGGUGAAUGCUAAGAUCUUCACGUAAUGUACUUGUAGCAGCUGUAACAAAUACUCCGAUCUUGGACAAAUUUCAGGCUGUUUGAAGAGGCACUGAUAUGUUAUUAAAUUGUGUUUAGAAAUUA